AUGCUACCUCGUUUCGACUUUGCCAACAGCAUUGGACUCUGUCCCACCGUCUACGUCCUCACCGCUAAGCCUCCAAACAUCAGGAUCCGAGGCAAGAUGUUGUGUAUUGACUACUUUGUUCUCCACAUCUUCUCGAUCCCCAUCACAGCGGGUCUCCCUUAUCCAGUGGGUACCACCGAAGCAAAUUGGAACGCCAAAACGGCAUUUUUGUUGGCCGGGCUGAGUAUUAUUGCGUUUAUUUGGGCUUUUUUUUUUUUUUUUGGCUUGCCAGAGAGCAAACGCACAACGUUUGAGAAACUAGAUAUUCUUUUUGAGAGUGAGAUCUCAGCUAGGAAAUUUGCAAGUAGUGACAACUUCCAAGCACUGAUUUGA